UGUAACCCAAGAAAAUCAAAUAAUUCCGGCGAUGAAUUGUCUUCGAACGAUUUUUGUCGAUUUUCGAAGCAAAUCACAUGUGAUACGUUAUAAAUCUACGCAAACAAGUACUGACUACUGUCUGGAAUCACUAAAAAAGUAUGAUUAUGAAAAUUUCGUCUGCACAUUACUCCUCAAAGAUGCCCAGAGUAGAACAGCUGCUAUUGCAAUUCGAGGAUUCAACAUUGAGGUAGCAAGAGUGGCUGAACAAGUCUCACAACCAAAUAUUGGAUUAAUGAGGUUGAAGUUCUGGGAGGAAACAGUUGAUAAAUGUUUCACUGGUGAUUUGAAUAAGAUCCCAAAACAUCCAGUGGCAGAAGAAUUAUUUAGAGUUUUAAGUACAACUAAACUGACUAAGAGAUAUUUAAAGAAUUUGAUUGCAUGCAGAGUGGAGAACAUUAACAAAACACACUUUCUUGACUUGGAUGCUCUAGAAAAAUAUGCAGAUCAAUCUGUUUCUAAUGUUUAUUACUUGUUAUUAGAAGGAAGUGGUGUGAGAAACGUGCAUGCUGAUCAUGCAGCUUCACAUUUAGGAAAAGCUCAAGGAAUAUUACAACAAUUAAGGAGUAUUCCAGUUGCAAGAAGUAUUAAUUUCCUAGCAAUUCCACAAGAUAUUCUCAUAAAACAUAAACUAAGUCAUGAAGAAGUUCUUCGCGGGAAAGAAAGCGAGAAAUUAAACGAAUGCGCGUUUGAAGUUGCGAGUCGAGCGCAUAUACAUCUAGUCAAAGCACGAAACCUAAUGAAAAGCGUUCCUGAAGAAUCACGAAAAGUUCUCUUACCCGCCGCAUUAGUAGAGAAUUAUUUAAACCGUCUACAAAAUGUGCAUCAUAAUGUGUUUCACAAGAGUCUGCAACAAAGAGCAUGGAUGUGGCUUCCUAAAUUGUAUAUUAAUUCAAUAAAAAACGUUUAUUAAUUGUUA